AUCCGGAAGCAGGAAGCAGUCUGUGCUCCCAGGAGUUAGGACCUGCCUGGCUGGCGAUCUCUGAGGUGGCGCCCAUAACCCUCCAGCUGAGAUGGACAACCUGGAGGAGCUGGAGUCCACAGUCGCGGAGGUGCUGGGGAAACUGAGGAGCCACCAACCAUUCCAGUCCACAUGGGACACGGCUGCCUUUAUCGUCCUUCUCCUCUUCCUGGGCACCGUGUUGCUCCUGCUGCUGCUCGCUUGCCUCCACUGCUGCUGCUGCUACCGUUCCUCCAGAUCCAAGAAGGUAGACGCCAUGGGAGUGAAUAACUUGGCUCUGGAACCUUAAUGGGGCGAGUCUUCCAGCCCCCCUGCCCGAAUGCCCUGCUGGGUAACAGUAACAAGGUCUCAUUUGCCCAGAG